UGUCCUCAGCAUCCAUGUCAUGAUUGUGGGAACAGUCCGAGAGAGAUCCAGGGAGUUGGGACUCACUGCUCUUUCAGCAUGUGCAUAGAGUAUCGCUUAAAUAAGGUAGACAAGUGAAUAGUGGAACAGGCGCGCCCUUUUUUCUCUCGAGAUUGCAAAACUUUCGCCGUAUUAGUUCGUUCCCAACGUCUGCCUUAAGCCACGCAAUAAUAAUCUAGGCUGCCGCUCAAACCGCUCACACAGGGAAAAGUGAGUUUGUUUUGAGGAUCCAGUCUACGUGAUUGAUGCCAUCGGAUCCGGCCUGAGCUUUGUGUAUAUAACCAGACUUAAAAGCCAACAUCAACAACACACAUUGACAACGACGUCAAAGAGCACAAAGAGUUCCAAUUCAUGCCUCAAUCGAGAUUUUUCAUCACCAGAUUGUCACGCGCACACGAAGUUCUCUCCAUCUGUGUGUGCUUUUUGUACGAAGAGACCUACUCAUCGUUCAAACAAAAGCUUUAAGAGUACCCAAGGCUUUUUUUUCGUUUCAAGUGCUGCAGACGCGAUCUGGUGGCACCAUUUGCUUGAAGGUUCGGGUCCAACACUCGCAGGGUGGUGGCUUGGCAUCCCUGAACAUCGAACCAUAAACCAGCAAAAAGAGAUACAAGGAGGUGCUUUAGAACUCGGUGACCGACUACAUUAUGGGUGACCACAAGUUGUCCAUAUCUGAUGGUCUGAUAGCCUUCGGGGCUCCACUGGCUGUGGCUGGGAUUGAGGCUGACAUUCCUGUCCCAACUUCGGCCUCAUCCGACGAUGGUCGGCAAGCUUCCAAGUCGAACUCACGAGCCCCAUCGCUCGAAGAACCUUUGGCUGAGAUUGAGAUUGAAUGGGAUGAUGAAGAGGAGCAACGCUAUCGUGAUUGGCUCCGUGAGCUCCAAGCUCAACGACGUGAAAGCAUGCCCUUACAAUGGAACGAGUUCGACGCGGAACAAUCCUAUCGCGAGCGACUUAAACAACAAGAGGAGGAUCGACAGGAUGAGCCCAUCGAUUGGGACGAUAGUCGGGAACAAGAAUUUCGGCAACAUUACAUUGAGAUGAGGAAGAAGCAAUUAUUGGAGGCAAAUUGGGACGAAUAUCGAGCAGAGGAGGAAUAUCGGGAACGCAUGAAACGAUUGGCGGAUCUGAACAAGAGCAAACCCGUGGAGUGGGACGAUCAAGAGGAGCGACGAUGCCAGGAGAGAUAUCGAAACAAGAGAUAUCACUAAAAAUGACAUAAUACACGAACACCUAACACCUUUAUGGGGCUCUUUAAUGUUGCUCUUUAAGACGCAGAAAACCUUUUCUCUGAAAUUUUAGCCUAUACAUGACAAUUUGAUCACGCAAUGGGUUUGGAGUUUCAAAAUACGUUCAAAACUCUAAAUUUACCUACUCUGUUAAAAAUGUGACUCAUAUCAAUGGUUAAGUCUCUCGUUGGCCGCAAUGCCCGCUUGAAUGUCUGAACAAUUAGAUCAACCCGCACAUAGCGGUAAUGUAUUAUGAUCGUAUGACAAACUGGUUUGGUAUUAGCAUCGUGCUGUGCACAAAGUUGGAAAGUCUAAGAGCACGUGUGCUUCCAUAACACCGGCAACUCCACAUAGUACACUUUCUGCGGAGUCAUUCAACUUUGUCUUAUGUACCUGUCUCCUCGAAGUGUCUCGUCAUCAUCAUCAUCAAAGCAGUGUGUGUUCUUGCGGCUCUGCGGCCACAGCAAGUAGAUACUUGUUCAACUUAGUAGUCAGUGGCGCCGACAAGAGGUUGCUUUAGUGACAAAAGACAGAAAAAAGAAAGACGUGGACAUUUGCUAACGACCUCAGUUGUUUGAGUUUGAUUGCUCUCUUUGGUAGGUUUGGUCCGUCCCUUACAUUAAGUGCCAAAACCAGGGAGUAACAUGGUGACAGGCAAGAAAGUGGCCUUGAUGCUCUUGAGCUUUUUCAUCGUCUGUGAAAUGGUCAUGAUUUCCCUCCGAACGGAUUUACUCGCCUCCUCCAAUGCCUACUUUACACGCUGGAAUCGCCAAUCGGGUGCCUGGUUCAAUUUGUUCGAUCCUGCGGAUGAUCCAUCGACUCACUUGGUGGCACAGAAGACAGCCUUGGAGAAAAGCAUGGAUGACAUGGUCUACCCGGCCGAGAUGAAGAUGAAGAUGUUCAAUAUGUACGACGGGAAUUGGAAGGAGAUUGUCUCCAAAGGGGAUGACGUGUUUCCCAAAACCAGACAACAACACUAACGACGCUCUAAAUAUCAGUUUGAUCUACGUAUUGUAUUGAAAGGAGCCAAAUGUACUACUGUACUCGGGCUCUUUUAAAUCUCUAACUUCAGGGCAGUUCGAAGGGCACGAUUCAAUUCGGUUUUGAUGUCUUCGACAUUCUCGAUUCCCACGGAGAAUCUCACGGUUCCCUCAUGGAUUCCCACCGCCGAGCAAUCUUCGGGCUUCAAGAAACUAUGGGUGGUGCUCAUGGGAUGACUGAUCAAUGAGUGCACCCCACCCAAACUCACGGCAUACGUGAUGAACUUCAAGUUGUCGAAGAAGGCCAGGGCUUCGCGUUUGCCCCCCUUGAUCGUGAAGGCAA